AUGCUGGUUGUCCUGUUCACAGCGGCCUUGCUGGCCCUGAGCUCUGUUCAGCGUGUCAGUGAAGCAUUCCCCCAAGUUCCCUCUACCAACCAAGGUUUUGGUCUUAAGCAAGGCCCACCCCAGCAAGGGCCAACCCAACAAGGACGCCCACAGCAGAACCAAGGCCCUCAGCAAGGAAGACCCCAACAAGGAGGCCAAGGCCCUCAGCCUGGAAACCAGCAAGGCCCACCCCAACAAGGAGGCCAACAGCAGAACCAACGCCCUCAGCAAGGAAACCAGCAAGGCCCACCCCAACAAGGAGGCCAACAGCAGAACCGACGCCCUCAGCAAGGAAACCAGCAAGGCCCACCCCAACAAGGAGGCCAACAGCAGAACCAACGCCCUCAGCAAGGAAACCAGCAAGGCCAACCCCAACAAGGAGGCCAACAGCAGAACCGACGCCCUCAGCAAGGAAACCAGCAAGGCACACCCCAACAAGGAGGCCAACAGCAGAACCAACGCCCUCAGCAAGGAAGACCCCAACAAGGAGGCCAAGGCCCUCAGCCUGGAAACCAGCAAGGCCCACCCCAACAAGGAGGCCAACAGCAGAACCAACGCCCUCAGCAAGGAAACCAGCAAGGCCAACCCCAACAAGGAGGCCAACAGCAGAACCGACGCCCUCAGCAAGGAAACCAGCAAGGCCAACCCCAACAAGGAGGCCAACAGCAGAACCGACGCCCUCAGCAAGGAAACCAGCAAGGCCAACCACAACAAGGAGGCCAACAGCAGAACCAACGCCCUCAGCAAGGAAACCAGCAAGGCCCAUCACAACAAGGAGGCCAACAGCAGAACCAACGCCCUCAGCAAGGAAAUCAGCAAGGCCCACCACAACAAGGAGGCAGACCACAAGGACCUUCCCAGGGCCAGCGUCCUGAGUAA